CCAGCGCCUCUUGCUCUCUCUCUUCCUCGGGCUGUCUGCAGAGAAGGCGGACGCUCCCAACCGAUAUCAUGGUGGCUCUCCGGCCCCUCAAAAAGCCCAAGAUCGUCAAGAAGCGGACAAAGAAGUUCAUCCGCCACCAGUCAGACCGUUAUGUAAAGAUUAAGCGUAACUGGCGUAAACCCAGAGGUAUUGACAACAGAGCCCGCAGGAAAUUCAAGGGGCAGAUCCUGAUGCCAAACAUUGGUUAUGGUAGCAACAAGAAGACCAAACACAUGCUGCCCACCGGGUUCCGCAAAUUCCUGGUCCACAAUGUCAAGGAGCUAGAGGUUCUGAUGAUGAGCAACAAGUCCUUCUGUGCAGAAAUCGCCCACAAUGUCUCCUCAAAGAACCGAAAGACCAUUGUGGAGAGAGCGGCACAGCUCGCCAUCAAGGUCACAAACCCCAACGCCAGACUGCGCAGCGAAGAGAAUGAAUAAUUAUCUCUGUGGUUAUUUGUGCUAAAUAAACAUGAAAAAGAAA